AUGGGAAACGGGGGCGGAACUAGGGACGGGAGACGGGUUAAUAGCGAGGACCCGCGGCGCCUGAUACCUGACGGUACUGACGCCGCGUUGACGAGAUCGGACAGCCAGAUUCCACUGGUCCUGUGCGACUUCAUCGGCGGUCAACGGAUCUACGGGCUCCAAGAACGAUUAUUGUACGCGUUGGGGACGUCCGGUGUAUUUGUUGUCGGAUAGAGGUGGCGAGUUCACGGCGGCUGUUGCGCGUGAUGUGUACCGAUUGCUUGGGGCCAAGGAACGGUUUACCAGCUCAUUCCACCCUCAAACCAACGGGUGCGUCGAAAGAUUAAACCAUACCGUCUGCCAGAUGUUGUCUCAUGUGCUCAGCGCCCAACAAACCGAUUGGGACGACCAUCUCUUGCCGUGUGUGUACGCUCACAACAAUCACGUGAGCAAAGCUACCGGUCUUGCGCCCAUGUAAGUACAUAUUGGCCGGUAUCCUCGUUGACCCAUGACGGUUCUUGGGUCACAGAAGGUGGAUUCUGGUAUGCAAUCGAAAAAACGGGAUGAUCUCGAAUACCUCCAGCUCAUGAAAGACCGGCAAGCGACAGCCUACGAGCUAGUGGUUGAAAGAGACAGGCUCACGAAAGAAAAACAUCGAGCACGCAACGAAGAUCUAGACAACCUCAUUACGAAGCGGCCGAUUUUCCACGCGGGCACGUGGGUGUGGUGCUACGAUCCACAGCACACCCUCCGUACAGCGAAUGACGAUAAAACAGCUUCUGCCAAUAGGAUUAAAGCGAAACUCGCUACCCUGUGGACAGAGCCGUUUAAAGUGCUCGUUGUAGGGCCCUGUCGCUUCAACGACAUGGAAGUUGGGUCCAAGUUACUGUAUCUGGAUUUACCGCACGACACACAGGCCAAAUCUAACCGUGUCUCAGUGUUGCGGUGUAAGCGUUGCGAUCGUGCGGACGAGCCCGAGGAAAUCCCCGACUUUUUACCUUGGAAGUUUUGUUCUUACGUCUUGCAUAAAUUUGCGGACAUGGCGCCUCCCUUCUACCUCACCGCGGAUGACGUGGAAAUAGAGCUUGACGUACAGCGGGCACAGCCGACCGCUAUCACCGGUCACCGUAUCAGUAGAGGUCCAGGGGGUUCCAUCGCGGUGCAAUACGAAACGCGUUGGCGCGGACACCGCCAACCCACUUGGGAAUCUGAAGCAAACAUCCAGCAGUAUGGUGACUUUGUCGUGAAGUAUUGGGUGGGCAGUGCAGUGCGUCAAGUAGGAGCCGACAAUAAAGUGCACCGUGACUAUAAUAAACUUGCCGCGCACCGCGCGCAAGCUCGCUGCCGCAAUUCCCUUUAUGUGCCACCAGGGUACGCGUUACUGGCGACGUGGGAGCGUGGGCCGGCCCUGCUGUCGGCGGAGAUGAAAGGAGCGCAUGUUUACGUGCGAACGAAGCAGGAGGGCUGGCAACUAGGAGUGGUACAUCAGGUUACGAGGGCGCGGGAGGGGGACCUGCCGUACAACGUCAAAUUCGUCGACCUCGAGCGGCGUUUCAACGUGUCGUUGUCGCCGACGAAAUAUUGUACGGCGGUGGAUGGUCCGCCUGGAUCGUGGUGCUUCCUUGUGCACGUACGAUCCAGGAGCGUCCGGCGGAACGGGACCUGACGGGUGCGCUGAGGU